CUGGUUGCUGUGAAAAACCGGUCUAGCUCUCUCCCCUAACUUUGUGUUUUAGGUGGGAAUUAUGAAUUACUAAUUAAUCGCAAAUGUGCGCCGUUAUAAUAUAAAGAGCAAGUGCACGUACUUAUGAAAAAUACCUCCAUCGCAGUUAUUAGAGCAGUUGUUGCAAUAUUUGCUUUGUGCGGGCUAGUGAAUGAAAUCCUGUUCCCUUCCAAUUUUUAACCGGGACAUUGACAAAUCUCCAUAUCCGCUCCAAAUGAAAAUGAACGAUUCUAAGCUAACAUUCAAUAAAGUCGAAACCAUUCAAAUAAUGAAAUCUUAAAUAUAAGCUAGUGUGGUCCAGUCUUGAUGGCAUAAUACCUUUCUUCGCAAAACAUUGAGAUACAAUCGAGUUUCUUCCGUGUCAAGUCGCAUAACAGUCAUGUUGAGGUUAACUAUCGCCAUCGCAUUAUUUACUUUGGUUUCAAGUAAAGGAACCCCAAAAUAUCGUCUACCAGUGAACAUCCAGCCAAAACAUUACAAACUGCAAGUUUUAACGCAUAUUGAUGAUGACCGAGGCUUCGAAUUCAGCGGGAAAGUCUUCAUAACGCUGAAAGCUAUUGAAAAAAGCCGCAAUGUAACAUUACACUCAAAAGACUUGGAAAUUGACGACAAAAACAUAAUCAUCAAUACCAUCGACAACGUAAAAUCCGACGGCCCAUUCAAAGUUGACAAGACAGAAGUCAACGAAAGGCAUGACUACUACAUUAUGCAUUUGUCUAAUAGUUUGCAAGUAAAUCAGGAAUACAUACUGGAGAUCCCAUUUUCCGGAGAAUUAAAUAAAAAUUUAUAUGGAUACUAUAGAAGCAGCUACCUCAAUAAGAAAACAGGACGUAAAGAAUGGCUUGCCGUUACUCAAUUCGAACCCACCCACGCCCGUAUGGCGUUCCCUUGUUUCGACGAACCAGAACUGAAAGCGACAUUUCAGAUAAUUAUUGGACAUGAAAAGAAAUAUCGGGCAAUCAGUAAUAUGCCACUUAAAUCGUCAACUCCCGUAGAUGGCCUCGAUGAUUGGGUUUGGGAUGAGUUCGAAGAGAGCGUUCCAAUGUCAACUUACCUAGUAGCCUAUACUGUGAAUAAUUUUGGAUACAAAGAAUCGAAAUUGACUAGUAAAACUGGAGUUGUGUUCAGAACGUGGGCACGAAGAGAUGCUCUUACACAAGUAGAAUACGCUAAAGAAAUUGGUCCGAAAGUUCUCAAAUUUUACGAAGACUACUUUAGUCUGCCCUUUCCUUUGCCCAAAAUGGAUCAAAUUGCAAUUCCAGAUUUUUCGGCAGGCGCUAUGGAAAACUGGGGAUUAGUAACUUACCGAGAAACUGCACUUCUUUAUGAGAAGAAUGUGUCUACUGCCCACAGUAAACAACGAGUGGCAUCAGUUAUUUCCCACGAGCUAGCUCAUCAAUGGUUUGGAAAUUUAGUUACAAUGAAAUGGUGGACAGAUUUGUGGUUAAAUGAAGGAUUCGCAACAUACGUGGCCAGCUUGGGAGUAGAAUACUUACAUCCUGAAUGGGACUCGUAUACAGAGGAAACUUUAGAUAACAUCUUACGUGUAUUUAAAGUUGAUGCUCUGAAAAGUAGUCAUCCAGUGUCUGUUGAAAUCGGCGAAGCAUCCGAGAUUUCGCAAAUUUUUGAUGCCAUCUCUUACGAUAAAGGCUCGUGCAUUUUACGAAUGAUGCACUUAUUCCUUGGCGAAGAAACUUUCCGCAAAGGCAUUACAAACUACCUCAUGAAACAUACUUACAAAAAUGCAAUGCAAGACGAUCUUUGGGAUGGUAUUACGGAGGUUGCACAUAAUCUUCGAACUAUUCCGGAGACUUUUACUGUCAAAGAAAUUAUGGAUUCUUGGACACUCCAAACUGGUUAUCCUGUUAUUACUAUUACUCGUGAAUAUACUACAGGCAACGCCACGAUAACUCAAACUCGCUAUUUACAAGAUUCAUAUGCCUCUAGAAAUGCUAAUGGGGAUUGUUGGUGGGUACCCCUCAGCUUUACAAGACAAAGUGAAUGUAACUUCAAUGAUACACAUGCCAAAGAAUGGUUAACUUGCAAAAAUAAUAAAGUUACCCCAAUAACAAUAAAAACCCUGGCAUCGGAAGACGAGUGGGUUAUUUUCAAUAUUCAGCUAUCUGGAUUGUAUAAAAUCAAAUAUGAUGAGCGAAACUGGGAUUUAUUAAUUGAUACACUCAUGAGUCGUGAAUUUACGAAAAUAAGUACUAUGAACCGUGCUCAACUCAUUGAUGACGCUUUAGGCCUGGCAUGGACUGGAGAUCAGGAUUACAAUAUUGCUAUGAGGCUUAUUGAAUAUUUGGCAAUGGAACGUGAAUACCUUCCCUGGAAGGCCGCUUUGACAAAUUUAGCAUCUGUCAAUAGAAUGUUACGUACAACUCCUGAUUAUGAGAAUUUUAGAUUAUAUAUGAAGAAAAUCCUUUCACCCAUUUAUUCGGCGUUGGGAGGACUGGGUCCAAAUGAUAAAACUUCUGAACGGUUGAGCGCUGUCAAACACAAAUUAUUAAUUGCCAGCUGGGCCUGCCAGUUUGAUGUUGAAGAUUGUGUACCAAAAUCACAGGAAUAUUUUAAAGAAUGGGAAAAAAUAGACAAUCCGGACAAAAACAACCCAGUUCCAUUGGAUCUUAGAUCUGUCGUUUAUUGUACAGCCAUUAAAUACGGAUCUGAUUCUGAGUGGCAAUUUUUAUGGCAACGUUACAUAAACUCUAAUGUAGCGAGUGAAAAGCAAAUAAUUUUGGCCGCCCUAGGGUGCUCUCGUGAAAUCUGGAUCCUCCUACGAUAUUUAGAAUGGUCUUUUAGUGAAACUAAUGGGAUUCGUAAACAAGAUUCAUUCAUUGCAUUCGGAUCUGUUGCAAGAGCUGAAAGUGGAUUCCUAUUGGCUCGUGAUUUUCUGUAUGAACACAUUCAAUCAAUCCAUGAUUACUUGGCACCAGAUACUUCGAAACUUUCUCGCAUUAUCAGCCCCUUGGCUGAUCAAAUGAAUACAGAGCAUGACUUCGAUGACAUGAAAAAAUUUAUUGAACAGAAUAAGCCACUGUUCGAGAAAGCAUCGGAAGGUAUUAAACGUUCGCUUGAAACAAUUGAAAUUAACAGUCAAUGGAAGGCUCGCAAUAAGAAUAUUCUUCCACAAAAAUUAGCAAAAUUUCUUUAACAGAAUAUGUGCAUAUGCAAGCAAAACAAAUUGAUAUUCGAGAUAAAUUUUCAUUUAUACAUAUAGAUGUAAAAGGUAGCAAACCUAUUAAUAAAAUGAAACAUUAAACAUAAAA